ACGUCUGUACAUUACUUUCUUCGCCUUCGACUCUGCGAACAACCAGUACCUUCACGUAUCGCACCGACUUCCAUCAACACAUCUACUGCCGCCGCCCACGCAAUCCCACACGACUACCUCCAGCAUGGCCGGUCACGAAGCAGCACCGACAGUCAUGGCCUACCCACACCGCAGCGACAUCUACACCUACCGCGUACCGACUCCACCACGAAUAGUCGUGCCACCGCCGAACCUCAACGCCGACUCCAUACCCGACAUACCCCUCAAGUCUAUCCAAAAUCCCGCCCACAACUUCAUGUCCAAUGUCUCCUACCAGAACCUCAUCCAGCAAAAUGCCCCUCUCGAGUGGACUUACGAGCGCCGCCGCGAAGCACAGUCGAUCCUGCCAUUCCUCUCUCUGGGCCCUAUGACAGCCGCAAAAGACGAGGCAUACCUGCGCAGGGAAGGAGUCACUAUGCUCCUGGGAGUACGGCAAAGACACGAGACCUUCACGUCAAGACUCAUGCAGUCCGCGACUAGGCUAGCGGAGCAACUGGGUCUGGAGAUUCAAUACAUCGAUUUAGCCUCGAACGCGGAUCUGAUUCACUCCUUCCCUGCCACGACUGCUGCCAUCAACUCUCACCUCAGCGGGGUCUACACCUCGAGUCAAGGACAGAAGAGCGGAAAGGUGCUCGUGUUCUGCGAGUCGGGAAAUGAGCGCAGUGCCGCUGUGGUCGCUGCCUACUUGAUGGAGACGCACGCGGACGUGGACUACAUCAAAGCAAUGCAAUUGUGCCAGGCCCAGCGAUUCUGCGUCAACUUCGACGAUGGACUCAAGAGGCUGUUGCAAGGAUACUGGGACAUUGUGCAGGCGCGAAGAGAAGUGGGCUGCGACGUUGAAGGAGAGAGGCGAGCGGUUGCAGGGAAGGCAAAGAGAGGUCUGGAGAGGGACAACGAUGGCGAUGAAGAAAUGGAUAUGGACGGCGAGACGCAGGACGACAUCGAGAGAUUUGGCGACAGGACGUUUGCGCCUUUCCAGGAUAUGUGA